UGACGCGCUGUCAUCGGCGGAUUUUAUUUCAUUAGAAAAUUUAUAAAAAUUUGUAGGUUAUCCGCACAAAAAAAAAAGUUUCCCAUUGUCACAGUUAAUUUAAUAGAAAAUAGACAAUAUCUACUGAAAAAAUAGAAUAUCAACAAAGUUAGUGAUGGAUUUUUAACAGAACUGAAUUUCCGAACAUGUGCAAAAAAGAAUUUAGUGCAAAAAUAAGUCGACCCUGUCACGUCUACUGACAGUUAUGACAGAUGCAUUGACGUGUACUAAUUUAGAAAUUUUAUAGGACUGAAUUAAUCCUUAUUAACAAAACAUCUAAAUAUCAAUUCGCAAAAGAAAAUAUUGGAAAAUAAUAAAAAAUGGGUGCAACUCCCAGUCGACACGAUGAUUUAUCAAAAAACUCGUAUUUGGAACGUUUUUGUAGUAAGGAGCCAAUACCACCGACUGAUAUAUUUUGGAAUAGAUUUUUAUCGUUCAAUAUAAGACCGCCUUUGACGAGAACCGAUCAAAUUGAACUGGACUCUCGAUUAGAUACAACAUGUCAAAAAUUGUUGGUCAAUAAUCAUACGACUGGAAAUGUAGGUUCUCUUAUUGAAGUCGCACUUUCGAGGAUGGCCGAAUUACUUCUAUCGAAACAGUCCGAAAAUAUUGUGUACACGUGGCAAACGUACAACUCCUUGUUUGCGAUUCGAUGUAUUUUGAAGUACUUUAUCGAAACAAUAGGAGAAACGGAAAUGGUGCAGCACACGGAAGUGCAAGCUACACCUUCAGAAAUGCAGGAAGCAAUGCCUAUUAGACUACAGUCUUUUUUCGAAGCUCUGAAAGACGUUAUUGUCAAUGUUCCCUUAAAUGAUCUUACCUAUUUGGUUCAUUUGGAAGCAAUAAAUUGUCUGCUCGUACUGUUAUCGGUGCAAUUAUUCUCACAAACAUCGGCGGAAUACAGUAUUUGUUAUCGAAUCAUUAUGCACCAGGAGCAGAGUGCAUUUGCUCCAAUUAUCGUUUGCACGUUAUUAAAUAAUUUUACUCAACAAGAGCAUGCACCACCUGGAUUACUUACCCAGCCGCAUGGUAGCAGUCUCGUCUUAAGCAUUGCCGCAGGAUUAUGGAAUGUGAUAACUCUGGGAAUAGGAAAUAGUCGAAAAAAUAUACAAAUCAGUAGUGGAGGCGCAAACGAGGAAAUUGAACGAAAAAGAGACACUGAAACCCCAUUAGCUAGUCAAUCAUUAUUAUUGUUAUUGGUAUUGACAAAUCACUGGACGACUUCCCAUAAUCCUUAUAGAGAUGCAUUAUUUUCCUUUACGGAUGUUCCAGAUGAUAAUUCUGCAGCGCAAUCAAAAGUGAUUCCUUCAUUUAGAUUUAAUUUCGAUAAAUUGUAUAAUACUAUUUGUAAAAUAACAAAUACGGAUGAGGUGACUCUACUUUUAUACAUGCUUUUAUACAGAAAUCCAAAUAUUAAGCAAUAUAUCAUGAAACGAGAUGAUAUUCAAUUAUUGGUAAUACCAAUUCUACGAAUUUUGUACAACGCUCCAGACAAUACGUCACAUCACAUUUACAUGUCUCUCAUUAUUCUUUUAAUCUUAAGCGAGGACGAAUUAUUUAAUAAAAGAGUCCACGAGAUCACGUUAAAAGGAAUAACGUGGUAUACGGAGAGAUCGAUAAGUGAAAUUUCUCUGGGUGGACUGUUAAUUCUCGUAGUAAUUAGGACAAUUCAGUAUAAUAUGCUAAAAAUGCGGGAUAAAUAUUUACACACGAAUUGCUUGGCGGCUUUGGCGAAUAUGUCGAGUCAAUUUAGAAAUUUACAUCCUUACGUGAGUCAAAGACUUGUCAGUUUAUUCGAGACACUGGCGAAGAAACAUGUGAAAUUGGAAGCAAAAAUACGCAAUCAACCGCCGUCGAAUUCAACUGAUCAAGACAAUGGCAAUGGAGGCGUCAUGAAUGCAGACUUGAUCCAGGAUCUCACGAUUUUGGAGGAGGUGCUGCGAAUGGUCUUAGAAAUAAUAAACAGUUGUCUAACUCAUCAAUUGCCUGAAAAUCCAAAUCUUGUCUAUACACUUUUAUACAAGCGGGAAGUUUUUCAACCUUUUACGAUGCAUUCUGCAUUUCAGGAUAUUGUCCAAAAUAUAGAAUCGGUAAUCAAUUUUUUCUCCUAUAAAUUGGAGCAAAAUGAUCAGUCGCAAAUUGGUGUCAAUGAAGUUUUAGCAACAAUUCAACAAGGAACUAGUCAAUGGCCAAAAGAUCGUUUACGGAAAUUUCCAGAGCUAAAAUUCAAAUACGUCGAGGAGGAGCAACCGGAGGAAUUUUUUAUUCCCUACGUAUGGAGUGUCGUUUGUCAAGGAGCACUACUCCAUUGGAGUGCAGAGAAUAUAAAAUUAUUUCUACCAAGUAGUGGUGAGCAAACAACAAUUGUCGUUUGCUGAUUGACAAUGGAUAUAUUUUCGUUAUUUUCCAAGGUGAGACAAUUAUUUUUACAAUGAAUUUUCUUUUUCUAAUGACGCGCACCGACACUCACCUCUAUAAAAAAAAAAAGAAAACUGCAGCAAUUUAAUUGUUUUGCAAACUAACAGAUAAAAAAGAAAAGUGAGACUUGGGACUUAGAUUUUGUAUUUGUUUGUGCAAUAUUGGUGAAGGUUAUUUUUUUUUCUUUUAAUAUAUAAAAAAAAUAAAUUAUUUAAUCUUAAUUUAAAAAAUCCCAUUUAAGUUUACGAACACAUUGUAAAUCAUCCUUUAGAAUAUAAUAUUGUUUUACUAUCUGCGAAGUUGUGUAUAUAUAAAAGAAACUUGAUUGUAAGCUUGACAGGACUGUUUUGAUAAGUUUAGUUAUUUUUUUCUCGAAAAAAAGGAACAUAAUCAAUAUUUGUACAUAAAUUAAUCUUUGAAAAAAAACGUAUGUAUAUGCCAAUUUGCUCCGCAAAUAUACGAUUCUAAUAUUUAUAACAAA